GCACCACCAGUCACUCUCAUUUAGAUGCAAAUCUGCAAGGAUCCAAGAGUUGACUGACGUCAGGCAGGCCUCAGAGUGCCUUUAGCUCCGUGUCAUCUGCACACAUCAUGUAAAGCUGGAGACGAUCGGCAUUUUAAAUCGGUAACCCGUUUGGACUAUAAAGAGCGCAGGGAUCAAGAUUGUCAGUUGGCAGGGCCAAAAUGUUGCCUUGAGAUUGGCUGCAUUUACCCUUUGCUGCUAAAACAACUUUUCAAACUUUUUUUUUUCUGCAAAACAUGUACGUGGGAUACUUACUGGAUAAAGAAAGCGGGAUGUAUCAUCAAGGGCCAGUAAGAAGAUCGAGCAUCAAUCUUCCUCCACAGAACUUUGUUUCGUCUCCACAGUACCCCGACUUUACUGGAUACCAUCAUGUGCCAAACAUGGAAACGCACGCACAACCUGGGGCCAGUUGGGGACCUUCAUAUGGCGCCCCAAGAGAGGACUGGGGUUCAUACAGUCUUGGACCCCCUAACAAUCUCCCUCCCCCCAUGAACAACACAUCUAAUGGACAAGUUCCUUACUGUUCUCCCGAGUAUAGUCACAUGCACCCUCCCGGAUCUGCGGUGCUGCAGCAGCCGCCGGACAACGUUACAGUUGCACAGAUUUCUCCUGAGAGAGAAAGGCGCAAUUCAUACCAAUGGAUGAGCAAAACCGCUCAAUCGUCUUCUACAGGUAAAACAAGAACGAAGGAGAAAUACAGGGUAGUCUACACAGACCAUCAGAGGCUGGAGCUGGAGAAGGAGUUUCAUUUCAACAGAUACAUCACCAUCAGGAGGAAAUCUGAACUGGCUGUCAACUUGGGUCUGUCUGAAAGACAGGUGAAAAUCUGGUUUCAGAACCGCAGAGCCAAAGAGAGGAAGCUGAUAAAGAAGAAGCUGGGUCAGUCUGACGGCAGCAGCGGGUCUGUUCACAGUGACCCGGGUUCGGUGAGCCCUUUGCCGGUACCGGGCUCCCUCAGUCCCACAGAGAUCCACGGUUCUCUGUACCCUCCCCAGGGAAUGAGCACAUUGCCGUCUAUCAGGAAUAUCCAGCAGGUGACUGUGACUCAGUAAAGCAUGUGGACCAUCUGAUCUGAUCUCUCCAAACUGAGCACUCCAACACCCUGAAGGACAGCAGAAGGAUCUGAACACUGCGGACAAGCGUCUGGGUUUUCUAAAGAUAUGCCGGAGGCUCUUGAAAUAUUAUUUUUAAUAGAAUAGUUCUAAUGAAGCCGUGAUUUUUAAAAAAGAAGAAAAAAAUAAACUUUUAACCUUUUAAAAAAAAUAAAAUCCUUGUUUGUGAGGUUAUAAGGUACAAAUAUGGUGCUUUGUAGGUGUUUGACGAAUGUAUGUGUUUAUUGAUGAUUUUGAGCAGAAAAUGGCCAUUCCAGUGACGCUGGAGAAACCCAUGGGUUUACCUGACAAAUCAUUUUUCACUUGUUUGAAGCGCAAUGCGGUGCACACAGGGCAGCUGGGAACGAUGCGGGUAUAUUGCCGACUUUGUAAAUGUUAAAUAAAGUGUUUGUUUUUCUACUAAA